GUAAAUGCUUCAUCCAACGUUUGAUAAGUACCCCAAGGCAGCGGCAGCAACACUGCGAGUCCACUACUCAUCCCAGUGCCAUCAAUCCAUCCAUCAUUGUCUCCUCCUAACACAGAUCACACUACACAAAGAACAACAAGUAGCCACGAGCUCUUCUUUCUUGCAGCCGUUCUUGGCUGCCUCGGUUGCUACCCCUGAUGCGCCGCGUAAUGGAAAUGAGGUCUCGUGAUCUCGUCGCCGUCUUGGCUAUGUCCAGCCUACUCCUUCUCCCACUACUCGUCUCCUCGGUGCCCAUGUCGGGAAGCCUGCACUUGAGCAGCCAACAGCAACACCUGUCGUCUCCAAACAUCUCUGCAGAUGACAUGGUGGCGGCGACGACGACGGACGUGGAGGUGAAUGACUACCCAGCGCCAGGAGCCAAUCCCCGCCAUAACCCUAAACGUCCACCAGGAAGAGAAAUGUCCGUCCAGGGCAUGGUGGCGGCGGCAACGAAUAAUGUGGAGGUGAAUGACUACCCGGCGCCGGGAGCCAACCCCCGCCAUAACCCUAAAAGUCCACCAGGGAGAGAAAUGUCCGUCCAGGGCAUGGUGGCAGCGGCGACGGACGUGGAGGUGAAUGACUACCCAGCGCCAGGAGCCAAUCCCCGCCAUAACCCUAAACGUCCACCAGGGAGAGAAAUGUCCGUCCAGGGCAUGGUGGCGGCGACGACCGAUGUGGAGGUGAAUGACUACCUGGCGCCAGGAGCCAACCCCCGCCAUAACCCUAAACGUCCACCUGGGAGAGAAUGAAAUCAAUCAAGCUGCUGCUGGAACUAGCUAGCUUGUAGUUUCGCAUUAUCUCUGCUAGUUGUCAGCAACUCUCAUAAUUAAUAAAGUAUCUAAUUACAUAA